AAGGCCCUGGAGAUUUAACUAGAAGCCCAGAAAUGGAUAAACUCAAAUCAGUAACAAAGUGCUAUGCUUAUAUAGAAACAUCUUCCAACCCUGCAGACAUUGACAAGAUGACAAAUGGAGAAACAUCAUCCUACUGGCAAUCAGAUGGUAGUGCCCGCUCACACUGGAUUCGGUUAAAAAUGAAACCAGAUGUCGUGCUUAGGCACCUGUCCAUUGCAGUGGCUGCCACUGACCAGAGCUACAUGCCACAGCAGGUGACAGUAGCUGUUGGGAGGAGUGCUGGUGAUCUCCAGGAAGUCCGAGAUGUGCACAUCCCCAGCAAUGUCACAGGCUAUGUGACGCUGCUGGAAAACGCCAACAUCAAUCAGCUCUAUGUCCAGAUUAACAUAAAGCGUUGUCUUAGUGAUGGAUGUGAUACUAGGAUUCAUGGUCUGAGGGCUGUUGGCUUUCAAAGAGUUAAGAAGUCUGGGGUCUCGGUCUCAGAUGCCUCUGCAAUAUGGUAUUGGUCACUGCUAACGUCUCUGGUGACCGCUUCUAUGGAGACAAAUCCUGCCUUUGUUCAGACAGUGCUGCACAAUACUCAGAAGGCACUGCAGCACAUGCCUCCACUUUCCCUCUCACCAGGAUCUGCAGACUUCUCAACUUUCCUGUCUCCCAAUGUUUUGGAAGAAGUGGAUAGCUUCCUCAUAAGAAUAACUAGCUGCUGUUCUACUCCAGAGGUAGAACUGACUCUUCUGGCUUUUGCACUGGCAAGAGGAAGUAUUGCCAAAGUGAUGAGCUCUCUGUGUACCAUCACUGACCACCUGGACACACAGUAUGAUGCCUUGUCCCUCAUCUCAUCCAUGGUAUCCGUCAGACAGAACCUGCUCCUCAAAUAUGGCAAACCUCUCCAGUUGACUCUUCAGGCUUGUGAUGUCAAAGGGAAAGAAGACAAAUCAGGACCUGAAAACCUCCUUGUGGAGCCAUGGACAAGAGACGGUUUUCUUACAGAAACUGGAAAAACCAGAGCAAGUACUAUUUUUUCUACAGGAACUGAAUCUGCCUUCCAAGUUACACAAAUCAGAAUUAUGGUUCGACGUGGUGGCAUUGGUGCUCAGUGUGGGCUGGUAUUUGCCUAUAACUCACCUUCUGAUAAAUUUCAUGCAGAAGAACACUUCAAACGGUUUGAAAAGUAUGACAAAUGGAAGCUUCAGGAGCUCAGGCAGUUUGUAAAAUGCAGGACUGGUUGCUCAUCUGAUGUCCUUGGAGAAGAUGAUCCUAUUGGCUGGUUUGAGCUGGAAGAAGAGUGGGAUGAAGCAGAUGUCAAAUUGCAGCAGUGCAGAGUAGCCAAAUAUUUGAUGGUGAAGUUCCUCUGCACCCGUCAGGAGUCAGCAGAGCGCUUGGGAGUACAAGGCUUGAGCAUUUGUGGGUAUCUCCGCCCUGCAAGAGCAGAAGCAGAGCAAAGAAUCCUCUGUGCCCACGGCAGAAAGGACACAGAGAGAGUCUGUGGGGCCACCCUACUCCUGAGGACUCUGCAGUUCAUCCAGCAGCUUGCCCAUGACCUGGUGCAGCAGAAGGAAAGUGGCUUAAAAUAUAAAUCUUUUCUGGACUUCGCGGGUCUUGAUUUGCAGAUCUUCUGGAAUUUUUACAGUAAAUUAAAGCAAAACCCAAGGGAAGAAUGCAUCUGUGCCCAAACCCUGUUGCUGCAGCUCCUGCAGAGCUGCUUCUCAGUGCUGCAAGGAGACACACCGGCUGCCUCUGAGGAGGAGAAGCCUCCAGCCCAGCACCCUGAGAGAAUGCAGGCUGCCAAGGAGCUCUACACACACUUAAGUGAUGUGGUAGAUAGGGUGAAUGGAGAGUCUAUGUCCAUGGAGAUAUUAAAGCAAGAAGUAAGGAACACCCUUCUCAAUGGGGCUGCCAUCUUCUUUCCUGAUCGACAGACCCGUCGGAACCAUCUCUUCACCAUGAUGAAGAAUAUCACUGAGCAGGAGCACAAGCAAUCCCUGCGGCUCACAUUCCGUUCAUUGUGCACAUAUUUUAGCGAUCAGGACCCAGGUGGCCUUCUCCUUUUACCUGAGAAAAGCGACCUGGCUAGCAUGAACAUCGGUGAAGUCCUGGCGGUCAUGAACACCCUCCUCUCUGUUGCUGCUCGAGAGUGUGAGCUGUUGAUGCUCAGUGGGCCCCAUGGGGAGUUUGGCUCUGUGCUCUACUCUCUCUUCUGGUCUGUGCAAGGCAGCCUGCUCUCCUGGUGCUACCUGCAGCUGAAGAGCUCGGACCCUGGAGCCAAAGAUCUCGCCAUGGACCUUAUUGAAAAAUAUGUGGGACAAUUUCUGGCAAGCAUGAGAGUCAUUUUGGAAUCCCUUUUGUCACAGUAUAGUGGAAAAACCAUAGUAGAAAAGUUAUGUAACUCGGUGUUUUCCAUGGCAGCUCGUCAAUUGGUCAUCUUCCUGCUGGACUUCUGCACUUUAGGCAUUUCACACUGCACACUCUUAAGAGAGUUCAGCACCCUAACAGAGCUGUUGAAGAGACUCUGCAGUGAUCCUAAGGGAGGACUGAGCAAGCUGGAUGUUGAGACCUGGCAGCAGGAACAGCCUGUGGUACUGCACACUUGGACCAAGGAAUCUGCCCACAACUAUGAAAAUAACUGCCAUGAAGUAUCUGUCUUUGUUAGCCCCGGGGCAACAUAUUUUGAGGUGGAAUUUGAUGAGAGGUGUGAAACUGAAAAAAGGUAUGAUUAUCUAGAAUUUACUGAUGCUAGAGGUGGAAAGACACGCUAUGACACGAAAGUUGGCACUUAUAAAUGGCCCAAGAAAGUAACCUUUAAGGAUGGUCCUCGGCUGCAGUUCCUCUUUCACUCUGACAGCAGUAACAAUGAGUGGGGAUACAAAUUUACUGUCACUGCCUACGGACUGCCUGAUGUUGCUGUGUCUUGGGGGUUGGACUUACAACUCCUUGUCUCCCGACUGAUGGGACGCCUUGCCUCCCAGUGCAUGGCACUUAAGUCUGCGCAUCAGUUAGGCAGUAACAUGGCAGUACCGCAAGCAAAAAUGACUUCAGUCCUGAACUCCCCAUUGUGGAAACCUGUUUUCAGGCAUCAGAUUUGCCCAGAGUUGGAAUUAGAAGCAAGCUGGCCCACUCACCUACACCAGGAUGGCAAGGAGGUUAAGAACAUCCCUGAUGAUCCCUGCCGCCAUUUUCUCCUUGAUUUUGCCCAGUCAGAGCCUGCUCAGGACUUCUGUGGGCCAAAUUCUGAACUUUUCAAAGGAUUUAUACAGGCAUGUAGAAAACAGGCCCCAAAGACAGAUAUAGUUGCUGGUUCCACUAUUGAUCAAGCUGUGAACGCCACCUUUGCUGCUCUGGUGUAUCGCACUCCAGAUUUAUAUGAGAAGCUGCAAAAAUAUGUAAACAGUGGGGGCAAGAUGGCCCUGAGUGAAGAGUUUGCACAGGUGUAUUCCCUGGCAGAUGGGAUUCGAAUAUGGAUGUUAGAGAUGAAGCAAAAGUCCCUGAUGAGCCUGGGGAAUGAGGCAGAAGAAAAACUCAGUUCAGAAGCUGCAGAGGUGAACCCAGAGAGCCUAGCAAAAGAAUGUAUUCAGAAAAGUCUUCUGUUAUUAAAAUUUUUGCCCAUGGGCAAAAGUACAAAAGAAAACUGUGAGAAGUUAGUGACUGCCAGUGAAACUGAUCAUCUCCAGCCACUGGACAGGCGCCAGAGGACAAGCUCUGUGGUAGAAGAGCAUUUCCAAGCCUCAGCAUUUCCCACAGAAGCAGCACCCCUGGCUGUGGGAGACAAGAGUCCUGGCUGUGAGGUCCAGCCAAAGCUGCAACCAAGUGGUGGCCCUCCCUCUGCAGAAGCGCCCACAGCAGACGAGCCCUCCUCACCAUCCACACCAAAUCGGCGGCCGCCCUUCACCCGAGGGCGACUCCGACUGCUCUCUUUCAGAUCCAUGGAAGAGGCCAGACCAGUGCCCACAGUAAAAGAGAAAUACCCGGUGCUAAAGGAUGCUAUGGACUUUAUUAAAGAUCAGUCACUCUCACAUGAGAGUGUUGUGAAGGUUGUUUCCUUGAAGAAAGCCCAAGCUCAGAGCAUCCUUGAAGUCCUGAGGGUGAUUCAGUAUUGUAUGGAAUCCCUUGGACAGCCUCACUGCUUCCAUCCACCAUAUAUACUUUUCCUGUUGGAACUUUUGACCUGCCAGAAAGAUUUUACCAAUUACUUUGGACAUUUGGAAGGCUGCGGUGCUGAUCUGCACAAAGAAAUUCGAGGCACCUACUAUCAACUUGUUCUGUUUUUGGUCAAAGCAAUUAAAGGAUUUAGUAGCAUGAAUGACAGAUCUCUGCUGCCUGCCUUAUCUUGCAUUCAGACAGCCCUGCUUCAUCUUUUGGAUAUGGGCUGGGAACCCAGUGAUCUCACCUUCUUUGUUGAUAUUCAGUUACCAGAUCUCCUCAUGAAAAUGUCACAAGAAAAUAUCAGUGUCCAUGACAGUGUGAUAAGCCAGUGGAGUGAAGAAGAUGAGCUUGCUGAUGCCAAGCAGAAUUCAGAAUGGAUGGAUGAGUGUCAAGAUGGCAUGUUUGAGGCCUGGUAUGAAAAAAUAGCCCAGGAGGAUCCAGAGAAGCAGAGGAAAAUGCACAUGUUCAUCGCUCGCUACUGUGAUCUGCUAAAUGUGGACAUCUCUUGUGAUGGGUGUGAUGAGAUUGCCCCCUGGCAUCGCUACCGGUGUUUGCAGUGCAGUGACAUGGAUCUCUGCAAAACUUGCUUUCUAGGUGGAGUAAAGCCUGAGGGCCAUGGAGAUGAUCAUGAAAUGGUCAACAUGGAAUUUACCUGUGACCAUUGCCAGGGUUUGAUCAUAGGCCGGAGAAUGAAUUGCAAUGUUUGCGAUGACUUUGAUCUUUGCUAUGGAUGCUAUGCAGCAAAGAAGUAUUCCUAUGGUCAUUUGCCUACCCACAGCAUCACAGCCCACCCCAUGGUAACCAUCCGGAUCAGUGAUCGGCAGAGGCUCAUCCAGCCCUACAUCCACAAUUAUUCCUGGCUGCUCUUUGCUGCCCUGGCUCUCUAUAGUGCCCACGUGGCCAGCACAGAUGACAUCGAUGGGGAGAAGGUCAAUCCCCAGGCCCGCAGCAGUGCUGCCACCCUGCGGAGCCAGUGCAUGCAGCUCGUCGGAGACUGUCUGAUGAAAGCUCACCAGGGCAAAGGUCUUAAAGCUUUAGCUCUUCUUGGUAUAUUGCCAGAUGGUGACUCUACCCCAGAACACCAGACCCUGCCAGUCACAGUGCCCAUGCCAACAUCAGAGAAGCAGCUAGAGAAGAAAGCCAUCCAACUCGCUGAGCAGCCAGCAGAGGCUGGGCCAGUAGUACACUGCCACGGAAAGAAAGCUGUAGACAAGGAAAUCAGACCUUUGGAUUACAAGGAAAGAAAGAAGGCAGAUGAAGGUCUCUUACUAAUGAAGGAUCCUUCAUGUCAGACCCUUCCAGAUGUAUCUGCAGAUGCUCACACGCCUCCUGGAUAUCAGUUGGUAUUUUACCUCACAGAUACUGAAAACUUAGAAGUGUUGUCUCAGAAGCCAAUAGAGGAAAAGGUGGUUGCUCCAAGCCCUGAACAAGUGUUUGCAGAGUGCUCCCAGAAGAGGAUUUUGGGACUGUUAGCAGCCAUGCUACCUCCGAUAAAGUCGGGUCCCACAGUCCCCCUGAUAGACCUGGAGCACGUCCUCCCACUCAUGUUUCAGGUUGUCAUCUCCAACGCAGGCCACCUGAAUGAAACCUACCACCUCACCCUGGGUCUUCUUGGCCAGUUAAUCAUCCGUCUUUUACCUGCAGAGGUAGAUGCCGCAGUGAUCAAGGUCCUCUCAGCCAAACACAACCUGUUUGCUACAGGGGACAGUGCCAUUGUGCCAGAUGGCUGGAAGACCACUCACCUGCUCUUCAGCCUAGGAGCUGUGUGCUUAGACAGCCGUGUGGGCUUGGAUUGGGCAUGUUCCAUGGCAGAGAUCCUGCGGUCACUCAACAGUGCCCCACUGUGGCGAGAUGUCAUUGCCACCUUCACAGACUACUGCAUUAAGCAGCUGCCUUUCCAGCUGAAGCACACCAACAUCUUCACCCUGCUGGUGCUGGUCGGCUUCCCCCAG